GAAGUUAGAAACGCACGUCACGACUUGCACUUUUUUACAUUUAAUAUAAUAUAAAAUCAUUAUUUAACGUUUAUAAUUGAUCCUUUCAACAAAUAAUAUUUGUAGUAUAAUUUUUGAUUGACGUUGGUUUAAAGAUAUAUGUAUAUAUUGUUAUAAUGCGUUUGUGCUAUAAAAAAGAUUAGAGGGACCUAUUCAAAUGUUGGUAUUUUAUUCACUAAGCCAUACAUAUCCGAUUGAGGCUGUAGCUGAGAAACCAAUAUGUUUUUCUGUAAGUGAGAAAAGCGUAAGAUCUACAAAUUCAACUGUUUAGAGCUUGAAAAGUAUACCAUGAAGAUAGAAUAACUUUAAAUUUGUGGUUGAAAUAAAAAAAUAAUGUGUGAACUACGUGAGUAAUGUAAAAUCCAGUCGUGUGAAUUACCGUGCGUACAAUUAUCAGAAGCGUUGUUUGAUUUUAGUGUAACAAUAAGUGAAAAGCAUGAAAUUACCUGAAACAAGUGUACUGCUGUUCAAAGCAUUGAAAAAGUCCAUGCAGGAUAUCAAUUUUGGUGAUUAAUGACCCAGCUUAAAUUUGAACAAAGGAUUGCAGUGAUCAAAUCAGUGGCACAUUAUGAAAAGCAAAAAUAAGUUGCCGAGUUCACCAGGAGUAGCAGCCACUGAAGUGACUGGUAGCAACAAUGCUUUAUGUUCCAACUUCAAAUCUGCAUCGAACGGAUCCAACCUUUUACUUGGUACUGGCAGCGGGGACACACUUUCCUUGCAAGUUGCACAACCAUCUAAGCCUCACAUUUCACUCGACAAAUAUGACGAGUUCCAGUUCAAAGUGCCUCCGGAAGCACCGGUGUUCGAGCCUUCCGAAGAAGAUUUUAAAAAUCCUCUGAUCUAUAUCAAUAAAAUAAGGCCGAUUGCUGAAAAAUAUGGCAUCUGUAAAAUAAGACCACCAGCGAGCUGGCAACCACCAUUUACCGUAGAUGUUGAAAAAUUGACGUUUGUUCCUCGUGUUCAACGAUUGAAUGAGCUAGAAGCUGAGACACGUAUAAAGCUAAAUUUCCUUGAUCAAAUUGCAAAGUUUUGGGAGUUACAAGGUUCCUCUUUGAAGAUUCCCAUGGUUGAACGCAAGCCAUUAGACCUUUACACAUUGCAUAAAGUAAUAAAUGAUGAAGGCGGUAUCGAAAUUGUUACGAAAGAGCGUAAAUGGUCAAGAGUUGCUUGCCGCAUGGGGUAUCAGCAAGGAAGAAACGUGGGUACUAAUUUAAAGGCACACUACGAACGUAUUCUAUAUCCAUUUGACAUAUAUCGUUCCGGAAAGAUUAUUGAUUUGGCAAAUUUGGAAACCGAACAGGAAGAUUGUGAGUACAAACCUCAUUCAAUCGAAGCUCGACAACAAGUGCAACCACCACCUGCCACUACAGCUAGGCGAUCUCAACGUUUUGCACAGAUGAAUAAAUCAGCCAGUAUUGGAUCAGAUCAUGAUAUUUCUCGGAUUUCACCAAACAAGUAUCGCUUUAAAAAUGUUUUCAGCAACAGUACAAAUGGAUCUGUCAAAGGUGGCAAGCCAGAUGCAUCAUAUGCCCCUAAUCCACAUGAUCCUAUGGCAAAGUAUAUCUGUCACAUGUGUAACCGCGGGGACGUCGAAGAAUCCAUGUUAUUAUGUGACGGGUGUGAUGCAUCAUAUCAUACAUUUUGCUUAUUGCCACCUUUACAGGAGAUUCCAAAAGGUGAUUGGCGCUGUCCAAAAUGUAUUGUUGAGGAGAACUCUAAGCCUGUUGAAGCUUUUGGGUUUGAGCAAGCACAACGUGAAUACACUCUCCAGCAGUUUGGUGAAAUGGCUGAUCAAUUCAAAUCAAAUUAUUUUAAUAUGCCUGUUCAUCUGGUUCCUAGUGAACUUGUAGAAAAGGAAUUUUGGAGAAUCGUAUCAUCUAUUGACGAGGAUGUCACAGUAGAGUAUGGAGCUGACCUACAUACCAUGGAUCAUGGCAGUGGUUUUCCAACAAAAUCAUCACUUUAUUUGUUACCAGAAGAUCAAGAAUAUGCAGAAUCAAGCUGGAAUCUAAAUAACUUACCAGUAUUGGACGAAUCUAUUCUGGGUCAUAUAAAUGCAGACAUCAGCGGUAUGAAGGUUCCAUGGAUGUACGUUGGAAUGUGCUUUGCUACGUUUUGUUGGCAUAACGAGGAUCAUUGGAGUUAUUCAAUUAAUUAUUUGCAUUGGGGAGAACCAAAAACAUGGUACGGUGUUCCGGGUAGCCGUGCGGAAGAUUUUGAAGCAGCAAUGAAAUCAGCUGCCCCAGAAUUAUUUCAAUCUCAGCCUGAUUUGCUGCAUCAGCUGGUUACAAUCAUGAACCCAAAUAUUCUUAUGAAUGCUACAGUUCCAGUGUAUAGAACAGAUCAGCACGCAGGAGAAUUUGUAGUUACCUUCCCACGUGCUUAUCACGCUGGUUUCAAUCAAGGAUAUAAUUUCGCAGAAGCUGUGAAUUUUGCACCUGCCGAUUGGAUGAAAAUGGGUCGGGAAUGCGUAAACCAUUACUCCAAAUUGAGAAGAUAUUGUGUUUUCUCACAUGAUGAACUAGUGUGCAAGAUGGCUCUCGAGCCUGAUCGGCUGAAUCUUGGCAUAGCAACUGCUUGCUAUAUAGACAUGGCAGAGAUGGUGGACACAGAAAAAAAACUGAGGAAGAAUUUACUGGAAUGGGGUGUUACAAAUGCGGAACGUGAGGCUUUUGAACUUCUCUCGGAUGAUGCGAGACAAUGUGAAAUAUGUAAAACGACAUGUUUUCUUUCUGCGGUCACCUGUAAAUGUACUACAAAUCUAGCUUGUCUUCGACACUUUGCAGAAUUAUGUGAAUGCCCUUCGGAGAACCACACUCUUAAGUACCGUUACACACUCGACGAAUUACCGUUAAUGGUUCAAAAAUUGAAAGUUAAGGCUGAAUCGUUUGAAAAAUGGCUUUUCAAAGUGCGUGAUGUACUGGAUCCUGCAAUAGAUACUAACAUCACUCUUGAUGAACUUCAGGAAAUAGCUCAAGAAGCAGAAACACAAAAAUUUCCAAACAGUGUAAUCCUAGAACGUUUGAAUUUUUCCAUUCUAGAGGCGCAGAAGUGCAUAACUGUUAUACAGCAGCUUGACAUAAACAAAAUUCGUACUAGAACACGAAAUACGGCUGAAUGUGCCAAGUAUAAACUUACCCUAGAAGAACUGGACAUGUUUGUAAACGAGAUAAAUAACCUGCGUUGUAUUAUUCGCGAAGGUGAUAGCGUUCGUGAACUUCAAAAAAUUGGCAAGGAAUGGGUUAAACAAGUUGAAAGUGCAUUAAAGACUCGUUUCAAAGAUACAAAUAUUCAGCAGUUAACACAUUUGAUUGAUGAAGGUAACUCACUGUGCAUUGAAUUGCCGCAGAUUACACAAUUGAAGGAUCGACUAACACAAUACAAGUGGUAUAGGCAAGUCCGUCUACUACGAGAGAACACCAUUGAUCGAAUGCCAUUAGAAGAAAUCAAGCGAAUGCUGGACGAGGGAAUGAAAAUUCUUCCACAUACUGUUUUGGAAAAAGAGCUAGCUGAGCUUCAUGGAAUUAUGCUGCAGAUAGUGGAUUGGGAGCAAUCAGCCAGCCAGUGUUUCAAAACAGAAACCCGGCACAAAAUAAGUGAAAUUGAAAAUUUACUAGAAAGAGCGCAUUUGAUUGAAGAUUUUCUGCCAUCACAUAGUCAACUGCGUGAUGCUCUACAAAAAUCAAAAGAAUGGCUUCAUGCAAUUGAGUCGUUAGAACGUAACGAAAAUUAUAAUUUUUUCCAUACUUUACAAAAUAUUGCGAAUCGGGCAAAAUUAUUACCGAUGGAAAACGAACGACAAAGACUCUUCAAAAGUAUGGGAGCCGACAAAGAUGGCAAAUUGUCAUUACAAUCCUUUGGGUGUGUUGAGUCAGCAGCUAACAGUGGAUUGAAGAGAAGAUCUAUGAGCAACGUUGAUGAAGUAAUUAAAAAAAUUAAAGACGAUCCAUGCAUCACUGAGCUUGAUGAGCAGAUUCUGAAGACACAGAUUCUUUGUUGGAAUGAUAAGAGUAAGGUCAACGCGUUAAGUCUAUCCGGAUGGUAUACAAGCAUUGAAGAAAAAUUUGGAGAUAGUAAAAUUGUUUAUCAUUGUGCUAAAUGUUCAGAGAUUGCGAAGCGAAAAGCAAUUAAGCAAUAUCAAGAGGAAAAAAAAGAAACAUUGGAAGAGUCAUAUAAACCCAAUCUUGAUUUUAAAAUGGAUCCUAAUCAGUUAGAACAGGAAGCUCAAGACUCGCGGGAGACUUUUGAUGACUUCGAAGACGAAGACAACGAAGUGGAUGAUAAAAUGAGCGAUAUGGAGAAUCAAACCGACGGAGACAGUGAAAACAGCCACGCUGAGGAAGAAGAGGGGCUAUGUGAUGGUUUCAUCGGAGACAGUGAGGAAAGUAAUCCAGGCACUGAUUGUAUGACCAAGUGUAAUUUGGAAGGAUUAGAGAUAAACAAGCAAGCUGUCGCUUCGCAGUUUGAUGAUACUGGUUCUUCUGUUACGAAAACUAGUCAGCAAAUUAAAAACAGUAAACAAAAAGUGACUGUCGGUAAAGGUGAUAAUUCCGCAACGCUGGUAGCAGUGCCUACCGCAUUAGAUUCGCGGGGUGUAAUAUUUUAGAUGAAACAAUACAGACUCCCCAUAAAAUGAAUAGUACCUUUCUUAUCACAUCCUGUCUAUGCGCGCUCUUGCUUCUUCCACGUAGGAUAUUAGCGAAACGUGUCUGUGAAUUCUUCUGAUUUCUCACGAUGUUUGCAAACGAUUUAAUCCACUUUUAUCGUUUCCAGAUACCUAUAUGAAUGCUGCUUAUGAAUUAUAAUAGAAUUAGAUGUCUAUACUAUUAUUAUCUAUAAGUUAAAAUGUCAGGUAGAAAAGUUAAAUGCAACAUUGAAGUAAAGACUCGUAUUUUCACAACUUUAGGUACAUUUCAA